AUGAAAAUUACUGAAUUGACAAGACUUCAACAGAAUGUUGGCAAACUAAUAUCUAUGAAUAAUUUUUUAUCAACAACAAACAAUGUUACAGCUGCUAUCUUUUUUGCUGGUGAUGGCUGUCUUAAUGAUCCAAACGGGGAAGUAUCAGUUAUUUAUCAAAUCACAAUUGACACAAGUGUUCACCAUUCGAUUCCAUUCGCCAAAAUCCAGUAUGAAAGUAUAUUUGAAGAUGAAGAUGAAGUUUUAUUUUCCAUGGCUUCAGUUUUUCGAAUAGAUAAUGUUGAAAAGUAUGAAACAUUGUGGGUGGUUGAAUUAACAUUAAUCAACAAAGAAGAUGAAACAUGGAAUAUUCUUACAGCUCACUUAAAUAAACAAUAUCAGUCAACCAUCAUGUAUUUAUUCAACAAACUAUACUCUACAUUGAGAGUUUAA